AUGCUCAAUUUCUUCAUAAACUUUAUGGGGCAAGCAAGACCUCAUGAUAACGUUGUAAAUGUAUCAAUACAAGUGGCACUUGCCAAAUAUACCCCAGUCGCUGAUUUGGACUAUGGAACACUGUCCUGUUCUGCGUCCAAUGAGGUCGGCACACAACUAGCGCCUUGCGUCUUCCAAAUGGUGGCUGCCGGCAAGCCCCAUCCACCUCGGAACUGUACACUGUGGAAUCAGACUGUGGACUCGGUAGAGGUGUCUUGCGUGGCGGGCUUCGACGGCGGCCUGCCUCAGCGGUUCCUACUAGAAGUAUAUUCUGCAGAUGGAGUUGCACCCAGAGUGAACCUAUCAUCUGACGAGCCGUCGUGGACGGUCCGAGGUCUAGAAUGGGACGUAAGAUUCCGUCUGGUAGCCGUCGCCGUCAACGCCAAGGGCCGUUCUUCCCCCGCGCGGCUCGACGAUCUGCUGUUCAGUGAUCCAGAGAAAAGAACAGGUGUCCAUGGGCGGCAAUCACUCACCAUCAGGUGA